GACACACGUGCAUUGUAGCUAUUAUGAUAAGUCAUAUCUUUUUUUUUUUUGUGCAUUCAAAAGCCACUUGAAAAUGUGUUCUUGAUUUGCAAUGGAUACAAAGUACGUUUAAGGGAACAGUAUUUAAAACAAUUCUAGUAGGGAGAACUUGUUCACUGGCAGUCUGCAGAACGCCCCGACACACAUCAUGUUCCGACCUGUCAUCUUCUUCGCCUUGCUGGCAUGCGGGCUGGCCAGCGAGUCCAUCUUCUUCAACAAACUCAAUCCGAAGAUCAUUGGAGGAUCUCCGGCUGCCAUUGAAGAGUUCCCCUACAUGGUCUCCCUGCAAGUGGACUUCUUGGGCAUUAUCCGCCUCCACCUGUGCGGCGGCUCCAUCAUUUCCCAGGAGUGGGUCGUCUCGGCAGCCCACUGCACUGUGAAUUACGGUCCUUCGUCGCUGGUGAUCCGUGCCGGCAGCGCUCGGGAGGCCAGCGGAGGACAAGUCCGCUCCGUCAGCCAGAUCAUCGAGCACCCCAACUACAACCAAGGGAUCCCUCUCGACAACGACAUCGUUGUAAUCAAGGUCAGCUCACCCUUCGUCUACGGCGUCGCGGUACACCCUGUGGUGCUGCCCACAGCUAAUGCGGCGGUGGCUUCUGGCACAUAUGGCGUGAUUACUGGCUGGGGAGCCACUUCCCAAGGAGGCAGCGGCUCUGCCACUCUGCUCCAAGUGAGUGUGCCCCUGAUGACCAACAACCAGUGCACGCAGUACUACGCCAGCAACAGGAUCUCCAACGGCAUGAUCUGCGCCGGCUACCAAGCGGGAGGAAAGGACUCUUGCCAGGGAGACUCCGGUGGUCCGCUCGCCGUCGAAGGCGUGCUGGUGGGCAUCGUGUCGUGGGGUGCCGGCUGCGCGCAGCCCAACGCCCCUGGAGUCUACGCCCGCGUCGCCUUCUACAGGCAAUGGAUAUCCUCCAACACCGGCAUCUAGGCGCCACCUCAUCCAUGCUUCGAGCUGCUGCCACGGCGAUGACUCUUAUCCGCCCACACGGCGUCACGUCUAAAAUAAAUUACCUACUUUAAAAAAAUAUUUUCUGAAGCUGUUUCUCUUUUCUAACAUGAAGUAAGAAGUGAAUACAAAUGCAUAUCCCGAGCCAGGGUUCAGGAUGUGGAACUAUGGAGCAAACUGUGACCUUGAACCCUGUAACCUCGGCCACCAUCUCGGAUGAUGUCGUCGUAACCAUAUCAUAUGAUCUGAACCUUGAUCUAUGUUGCUGUCCUGUUUCUGCCAUAUUGGACCUGCCAUUUUAAUACAAUUAUUUUAAUUUUAAGAAAAAUCCAGUAUUAUACCAUUUUGAAUUCCAAUAAAUUUCACAAAACUA